AUGCGUUCACCAGAUGUAGAGGAAGUCCCGCCUGCCCUCCAGAUUGGCUCUCCUACAAGCACGAGAAGACCGUCUGAUAUUACAGUCCCUUCUGCUUUGCGCGUUGGUUCUCCAACGAGUGGUGCCCCACCAUCUCAUGCUCGUCCACCACUACGGCGUAAGAACACGUCCGGCGCCUCGGACAGGCUCUCGCAACUCUUCCCGUCUCGUCCUUCCUCGAUCGCCUCGAUCGCCUCGGUCGCAUCUCCCAGCAGCUCCCCUGCGUCAAGACGACAAUCGUUUCCCUCGCCUCUGCUGCCAACCUCAGAGCCCUCGUAUCGUAUACCCCGCGCCCCGGCGCCACCGUCUUUUGCCCAAGAAACGUCAUACAGCCCUGUCGCAAGUUUCUUCACUCAAGAUCGCGCAUCACCAUCGUUGGGUAAGAGCGAUAGUAGGACGAAGCGUGUCCUCAAUCGAAUCGCAUCGCUACGAAGAGGAAGCCCGCUUAGUGGAUACUACAACCGGCUAGAUGAUGAGGAAUCACAGCCAAAUAGGAGAAGACUCAAGGAGGUCGAGGAGGCAGAUGAAGCAGUCGGAUACGACCUGACUUCGCUCGGCGGUCUGCCUAUGAAGGCAUUUGAGUCACAAUCGAGGGAGCAAGGCACACGUACAGCGCGAGAAGGCGAUCACAAUAUUGACGAAGCUGGGCAUGCCGCAGAGUAUGAAAGACUUGAAGCGCAAUUAGGAGCUGGCAUGACUUCGGUACUCCACAAUCCAUUCACCCACACUCCAGCUGGACCAGUACCAGGCGACUUUCCGGGCCACCGAAGAAUACUGUCGAAGGCAGAUGUAGCAGAUGAGCAGGCGAAGAAGGCACAGGACAAGGCCACGAAGACUGGCCAAGUGGUUGCUGUCGCUACGGAUGUUCCAGUCGACAUCAGCGAAUUCGCAGGAGUUGCUCGUGAUUUUGACUCCAUGAGUAGCUUAACGGCUGAAGCUGGGCUCAUCAGAAGCGACGCGCAAACCAGCUACUUCUUUCCAGAAGAUCCCCAAAUGCCUACAUGGCGCCCUCUUACUAUGAGCUCAUGGUGGAUCUCCAUUCUCGUCAUCCUCGCACUUGCGCUUGCUGGUGUACAAGAAUACUUGUGCCAGAAGUCUCUGAAGAGUGUAGAAGGUGACGAAAAAGGUGGCUUGAAAAAGUUUGAGAAGGUAAACGAUCUGACUGUCACUGAAUAUUUCACGUGGCAGUAUGCGCCUAUCAUCAUCUCAGUCUUCUAUGGAGUCCUUUGGCAGAUGUCAGAUUUCGAAGUCAAACGUCUAGAGCCAUUCUAUCAACUAUCCAAGAAGACCGGUGCAACCGCAGGCGAGUCUUUGAACAUGGACUACCUGACUUUCCUGAGUUUCCUGGUACCGUUGAGGGCACUCCAUCACAGACAAUACGCCGUCAUCUUCAGCUCCCUGGGUACGUUGGUUGCUAGUAGCCUUGUACCUGUAUUGCAAUCCUCCUCCCUCACUAUGUGGCCACCAGAAGACCAACGCAAGGAUGUCAAAUGGAGGUCUAUCCGUGUCGAACCGGCUUGGUCUAGAGCACUGUCGGCAUCUCUUCUGAUCGUUGCUGGGUGUGGUUGCGCACUGAUAUACGCAAUGCAACGGAAGAGCGGCUUGCAGUCAGAUCCUAAGGGAAUUGCAGGCAUCGCAGCCAUGGCUACCAAAAGUCAUAUUCUUGCGGAUUUCAAGGGACUUGACCAGGCAUCUUCGAACCAGAUACACAAGCAGCUUCGCCAACGAAGAUACAUCCUGCACAAAAGCUCACUUUGGCAAGGCGAGUACAUUACGAAGAGCAAGGAAAAAGUCCACGACCAAAAUUCCGAUCCCAGACCGCUCAUGCUUCGCCUCCGUUCUGGUUUUCCAUUCGUCGGCUUUCUCAUCGUGUUCACCAUAGCGGUACCAGUCUUUACCUUCGUCGAGAAAGCAAGCUUAGUCACACAGAAACUUCCCUGGAUAAUGACAACACUAGCGACUAUUAUUCGCAUACUCUGGAAUACGAUGAACAGCGACGUUCGCAUGCUGCAGCCUUUCUAUCUCCUCUCGCUUCGACAUGCUCCAGCCAAGACUCUUACACUUGACUAUGCCGGCACAAAUCCGCUAUGGUUGCCCUUCGAAGCUUUCUUGAAUGGACACUACCUUGUCAUGCUCGUCGCCUUCGGAUCCAUAUUUGCUGAAAUCCUGACCGUUUGUGUAACUUCAAUCAGCGUGGAUGGCAAAAAGUUUAUUCCUGGAUUUGGAGGCAAGGACAGUGUCGAAAAGUCAGAUGAAGCGAAUGAUCGCUACAACACAGACCAAACUUUUCGCAGUUUCUGGUCGAGCUUCACCCUCACUAUGCUCAUCCUGCUCUACCUCAUCGCCAUCGCCAUCCUUACCUACGCAAAGCGCAGUCGGAAGUUCAUGCCGCGUCAAAUCGGGACAAUGGCGUCUGUCCUUGCUUUCAUCCACCAGUCCAAGAUGCUGCUUAGCUUCAUCGAGACGGAGAAGAUGACAUCCAGCCAGAUGACAAAACAUCUGGAAAAGACUGGAAAGACAUACGCGCUGGGCUGGUUCCGAGGGAGGGAUGGGGACGACCACUUGGGUAUUGAUGAGGAGGAGAUUAGUAGUGCAUAUGUUUACGGCAAGGAUUGGACGGAAGGACGUUUGAGGCCAGGGAGAGACCUGAGUUGGGACCAAUAUUAG